AUGCCGGACUGGACCAGUAUCCCGGUCAAUUUGACUAGCGACACAAUUUUCUUCUGCGCAGGCCUCCUGUGUGCGGCCGUCUCCGUAUGGUUGCUCAAAUGCAGCUGGCCGUGGAAGAAGGCCGAAAAGGCAGAGCUCAUACACGACCUCGAGCGUGCGAAAAUCGAGUUGGGGGAUGCUGCAUUGCAGCAGAGAUUGAGGGGGGCGGAGGAGAGGCUGGGGCGAGAAUUGGUGUUGACGGACAAUGCCAAAAAAGGGCACGAGGCGGAGGUCGAGCAGCUGGAGAAGAAGAUUUCUGAUCUGCGCAAAGAGUUGGACGAGGCCAAGGUCAUGGGCUUUGUCCAGUCCUCCGGGCUUGGGACUGGGCUUGGGGUUGAGGUUGGUGGCCGGACGGUUCGAAAACGGAUUCCCUCAUCAUCUUAA